ACAGGGGAGCUGAGGCCCAGGGUCGGGGAGGGCCUGGCUAAGGUCACACGAGUCUCAGCCAGGCUCUGACCAAGGCCCUUGCUCCCUCCCAGCCCCCCAUCAGCGUUCCUCUGUGUCUGUCCACCAGAACCCAAGCUAACCUGCUGGCAGCCCAGUCCCUGGCUAUGACCGUCACCUACACAAGCAAAGUGGCCAAUGCCCACUUAGGCUCCUUCUCCCGGCUGCUGCUGUGCUGGAGAGGCAGCAUCUACAAGCUGCUCUAUGGCGAGUUUUUCAUCUUCCUGCUCUGCUACUACAGCAUCCGCCUCAUCUACAGGCUGGCCCUCACGAGUGAACAGCAGUCGCUGUUUGAGAAGCUGACUUUGUACUGCGACAACUCCAUCCAACUCAUCCCCAUUUCAUUCGUGCUGGGCUUCUACGUGACGCUGGUGGUGACUCGUUGGUGGAACCAGUACGAGAGCCUGCCGUGGCCCGACCGCCUCAUGAACCUGGUGUCGAGCGUGGUCGAGGGCAAGGAUGAGCACGGGCGGAUGCUGCGACGCACGCUCAUCCGUUACGCCAACCUGGCCAACGUGCUCAUUCUGCGCAGCAUCAGCGCCGCCGUCUACAAGCGCUUUCCCAGCACCCAGCACCUGGUGCAAGCAGGCUUUAUGACCCCCGCGGAACACAAGCUCUUAGAAAGUCUCGAAGGGCCACACAACAAGUUCUGGGUGCCUUGGGUGUGGUUUGCCAACCUGUCAGUGAAGGCCUGGAAGGGAGGUCGCAUCCGGGACUCAGUCCUGCUCCAGAGCCUGCUGAAUGAGAUGAACACUUUGCGUUCUCAUUGUGGACAGCUCUAUGCCUAUGACUGGAUCAGUGUCCCACUGGUCUACACACAGGUGGUGACAGUGGCUGUAUACAGCUUCUUUGUGGCCUGCCUGAUUGGGCGGCAAUUUCUGGAACCAGCCAAGGCCUACCCAGGCCAUGAGCUGGACCUCUUUGUACCAGUCUUCACAUUCCUGCAGUUUUUCUUCUAUGCUGGCUGGUUGAAGGUGGCUGAGCAGCUCAUCAAUCCAUUUGGAGAGGACGACGAUGACUUUGAGACCAACUGGAUUGUUGAUAGGAGCUUUCAGGUGUCCCUGUUGGCUGUGGACGAGAUGCACCAGAAUCUGCCCCCGCUGGAGCGGGACAUGUACUGGAAUGAUCGGGAUCCACAACCCCCCUACACAGCCGCUUCUGCCCAGUCCCGACGACCCUCCUUCUUUGGCUCCGCCUACAACAUCAGCAUGGAUAAAGAAGAUAUGGAGUUUCAGCCGAAUCACAAGAGCGAGGAGGAGGAGGAGAGUGGUGGGCCCACUGGCAUCAUCAGCCGCUUCCUACGUCUGCAGUCCCAUGAACACCCCACCAGGACAAACUCAAAGACUCAACUACUAUCACGCAGGAAGGAAUCCUUUUCCCACAAGAUGGGCUAUGCUAAGUGCCGGUACAAGGACAACAGGGGGAGCCUGAUGUUCCCGGAAGGCCGACAGUACCAUGGGGACCAGGAGGACAGCAAGGCCUGGAAGCUGAAGAUGGAUGCUUUCAGGUCCAGUCCACUGUACGAACGGUCAGGCUACCACAGUGCUCCUGAGACUCCCCUCAACCACACCCCCAUGGUCUUCCCACCAGGAUCGUCAGCGCCGUCAAGACUUGGCAGCCUCACAGACAUAGAUGCCGCCGCAAAAGGCCAGAGCCUAAAUCCUCUGAUUCACGGGGCCAAGGACAGUUUUGAAUUGCUCCCCGAGAGAGCUGCAGCCUCCAAGGAGCACCCGGAAGUAAAUUACGGGAGAAGGAAAACUGUUGAGUUUAACCUGCCGGAUAUGCCAGAGGCCCCUGAAUAUCCUCCCAGCAACGUGAACACUAGAUUCAGAGAUCACGGAGAUCCCUACUGUGACUUGGAGAACAGGUCUGUCCCAGGGUCACUGCACUCCCUCGUGGCCCUCCCUCUGCCCUCCCCUUGCCCCGAGCCUUCCCUUCCUCCACAAUGUUGAUUCUAUCGCUGUCAGAGUAGCUGGACCUUGGGGUGCAUACCUGGCACCCCCAGCAGGGGCUCCAGGGAAGCCUUGGGGACUCUUGUACACUUAAACCAAGAGCCUGACAUCGCCAGGAAAAAAGACUUCCUUGGGACCUAGGUAAAGGAGGAUGAGUUUGCUGGUAGGCCAGACUGGGAGGGACAGAUGUUAUCACUGAGCCCAGCUCACUCUGAGCAGGGGUGGCUGACACAAAACCUUGGGGUAGCACUAGCGGUUCCAGCCCAAGAACUUCACUCACUGGCCACCUAGCUGGAAGACGGCAAAUGACCCAACAACCAUUCGCUGCAGCACCAAAGUACCCCAGCAUAGGGUGGUAAGCCCUGCCACGCCCCCAGAACUGGCCAAUGGCAUGAGGGCUUCUAAGGCCCUUAGUGUUAUCUUGUUGCUCACUGCUUUGGGGAACUCAAAUGUGCUCCAGCCUCCCUUUACUCCAGAGUAUUUCCUGGAUACUCCCAACUUUCACCCAAUUAGAACAGCCCCUACCCCAAUCCUACCCAUGCAGUGGAGAGGAAGUUUCACUAUUUCUAGAUUUUCAAGCUGUUAUUUUUGUGGUUAGAACACAUAGCUAUUUUGAUUGAAACUUUAAAAGGGAAGCAAUCUGAGUUUUAGUUCUAGGACUAGGAGGUAACUAACAAAACUCCUGUGGUUUUAGUUACUGAUAUUAAUAUAGUUGUUAGCAAGGAAACAGGUGGUUUUGCAGUUCACUUGUUCUUAGUUGUUUCUUCUGAUGUCUCAGCCUUUGCCAAAACUAGCUUUUACUGCUGCUAUUUUAAGUGCUACGUGAAGAGACAUUCCAUACUCAAGUUGUAGGCUUUCUCAAAUUCUCUAAUAGAGAUGAUCUACAUUCCUAACCUGUUUCCCAAGGGGUUUACCAGCCUGCUCCUCAUCUGCGUGUCCACCAGCGGGACACUGAUCCAGUCGUAACCAUACUGCCGUCCACACUGAAGAACGUUCCCACGAAAGCCUGAAUUAAAUGGUCAGCUUAAUGGAUAACAAAAACCAGCAGUUCCAGUACUACUUGAGUCUUCAAAUACUUUCCAUACAUAAACUUUGAAAGUUAGGGUGAAUCACCAGAAAUACAUAGUUCAGAAUCAGGAAUCCUUAGUCCUGUCUGAAUUCAACACACCCUAUCUUUCCCAAACUCAAGAGUUUAAUAAAUACAAAUCCUCCUAAGUUUCAUCUCAAGUGUGUCUGAAACUGUGGCGCUUCAACAAUUUGACCAAGGUGGCCUAGAUAGCGUUCUGGCCCACCCCAGGAUAUCCGAGACAACAGCUGGGUACCAAAUCACUUUAUUUGAAGGAAUGGUACAAACAAAAGAACUUCAGGGGAUGUUUUGGUACAAUUUAUAGAAAAGGUAAAGGUAAACCCAACAUGCAUGUGCUGUCUUGGUGACCGUGGAAGUCACCCCUGAAGCUGUGGGGGAGCCGGGCUAAAGCUUAGCUCUCUCCAGCACUGUCUCCCAGGGUGUGCUUGUCAAAGAGAUACUCUGCCAGGCCAGAUUGCGGGGCUCCCAUCUUGUACAAAUUGGUUAUGUAGUCACCCAAUUCUUUGAUGGAUUUCACCUGCUCAUGUAGGUAAUGAGUCUCAAUGAAGUCACACAA